AUGGCUACUCCAUUUGUUUACCACGCUCAGGCACAGUCCACUUUUGAGCCGCCUCUUAUUGCGAAUGAGAAUGCUUUUCUUGGCGAUUUAGCAUCGAGUGAGCAAAAUGCCCCCGAAAAACCAAUCUCAUGCGGCUUUUUCCGCCUAGAAAAAGGCACCCCACUGGUCUACGAAUACACCUACGACGAGAUGAAGAUCAUCCUAGAAGGCGAGGUUACGAUCUCCGACGCGACGGGGCAAUCAGUGCAGGCUCGGCGGGGCGACGUGUUUUAUUUUCCCAAGGGAUCGAAGAUAACUUUUGUGACCGAGGGAGGAGGGCUGGCAUUUUAUACCGGACAACGUGCUAAAGGAGGUGCAUAA